AUCUCUCCCUUCCAUUUUAUAAGGGUGGUCUCGUGCAUCAUUCAAUCAACUCUCUCUCUCUCUCUCUCUCCCACUCCCACACACAUCCUGUCCCUCUCUCUCUCCACUCUACCUAGCUUUGUUCAUCUUGUUCUCCCAAAAGUCUUCUUUCUAGCUAGGUCUUCGGUCUCGGACAUGAGCGGGAGAAACUUUGGGGACAGCAUGGAGUUGAGCAGCAGUGGGAGAUCGUCUGGCUCGAGAAGGGGCAAGAGAGGAGGCGGCGGCGGCGGCACCGACAGGCCCAAGCAGCCGCAGCGAGGGCUCGGCGUGGCGCAGCUUGAGAAGAUUAGGUUACAGAGCGAAAUGGUGGAGUACUUCCAUCCUCUCGGCCAGCACCCCAGCUUGAUCCACAGAACGGGCAGCCUCAGCUUGGAGGAUGCACGGGCGUCGACGUCCUCGCUGUCGUCGUCGUCGCCAUCUUCCUCCUUCCAUGCUACCGCCAUCUCGCCGCCGUUCUCCAUCCAUCCAAAUCUCGCGAUGCCAUACGGAGAGAGAGACGUACGGUACAGUGAAUUCCAAGCUCCCAUCAUAAGAUCACCGAGCAGCAGUGCUGUCCAUGGCACCCCACAUUACGCGCAGCAUCCUAACAACAUCACACUGUCUCUCUUCGAACCACAGGAAUCCGCCCGAUUGAAGGGACAUCACGAUCGAAGUCAGUCAGCAGAUUCAACAAGCUUGAACUCCGACGAUCCACAGGACGUGGACCUUGAGCUCAAGCUAUGAUCCUAGCUCAAAUGUUUCCUCCUUUAUUUCUCCUCUCCUUCGAUGUGAUGUGGUAGAUUUGUUAGUCUUCAUGGGCCUUUUCGCUUGUGGUGCAGUAAAGGUCUGUUUGGUUUCUGGAUAACUGUCACACUUUGCCUAACCUUUGACAGAAAAGUUAGAUAAAGUAUGACAAGUUAGACAGCGAACCAAAUAUAACCUUAAGUUUCUGAAUUGGUGCCACUAGCUAGUCACAAACUCACAGUGCAACCAAUGCAAGAGGAUUUGCCGCCUUUUCUGUAAUGAUAUGAUGCCUGCCAGAAGAGAGAAAUAGUACCGGGCUUUUUUUUAAUCGAGACUUGCAUGCUGUGUGCAUGGGCAUGGGAUCUGGCGAUCAUAUCUAGCACACUUGUACUGACUGUACUGUAUGAAGCAUAGAUGUGCUGACUCUUGCCUGCAACACUGCAAGCGUACACUACUGACACAGUUCGUUACGUGGGUUGUCAUUAAUUUAUGCAACACAAGUUUCAUCA